CAGCAGCAGCAGCAGACGCAGCAACUUCAACGUCAGCAGCAAGCAGCGGCAGCUGGGGCCGAGCCGCGGCGGGGUCGGCGGUCGGCGGGGAUGAGGCACGGCUGGCCGACGGCAUGGCUGGUUUAUCCGUGGAGGGCCUCGGUGGGUCGUCUACGAUGGCCGGGGGGAACAACCUGGGUGCCGGUGCGGCGUCGGGGGCGCCGCGUGCGUUGCAGCUUGUGAUGUUGCAGCAAGAUAACGAGAAUCUCGUUGCGAAAGUAUCGGCUUUGGAGCAAUCCCUGCAGCAGUUGCUGAACAACCAAGGUGGGGGCGCGGGUUCGCACGUGGUCGGCCCGCAUGCUGCUGAUGGCGCGGGAGCCGCGGUGGCGGUCGGUGCGGGUCUUGGUGCAGCUGCUGCUCCGGGGUCGGACGCUGAUCGCCAGCGUCGCUACGAAAAAGCGGAAUUCGAGAGUACUGCUUCCGCUUGGCGUGCGGGACGUUUGAUGUGGGCGCCGCGUGGUAAGCGGGGAAUUGACGUUCCCAACAAAGAGACCCUGCAAACAAUGAUGGGGCGGACCGUUACCGGCACCGACAAGACCUUGCAGCAGCUUCGUAUCAUAUCCGGACUGAACGUCCUCGACUUCUUUCCCGUUGGCAAUUCUGGUGAGCUGUCAGUCCCGGACCACUCCGAUUUGACCUGUGCUGCGAUUGUUAACGUGUUGAAAUUUGGUCUCUCUGCCACCUCCGCGGACAACGCUGCAGCUCUGGCGCGCUUGCUGCCCAUGGAGCAGGCCAUGCUUUCGGCGCGGGGUACGCUGCGCAUGCAAGCCCUCCGUCAUAUGGGCGAUUUUCAGGGGAGGGGGUCGCGGGGGACCUUCGCCGACCUCCCUAACGACGAUUUUCGGGAAUGGGCAAAUGCGGUAAUGUUGUGGAUGUUACCGAUGCAGAAUUUGCCGGUGCCGCCGGAGUCUUUCGAGCGCUUUGGCCCCCCGCCGGUUCCUCGGUUCGAUGGCAUCAACGGCUUCUCCAUGUCCGGGAGCAUUGCGCUACGGAUGUUCGGGACUGUGGGUGGUGGAGGUUCUUCUGGAUCGAGUGGGGGUAAGCGACGGCGGGGGGACUCCCGCUCCGCGGGUGGGGACUCCAAACGCCGGUCGAAAGUGUGUUUCGAAUAUCGCGACUCCCAAACAUGCAGGUGGGGCGACUCCUGCGUGUUCCGCCAUGCGACUGGGGGCGGCAAGGGUGGCGGCGGCGGCGGCGGCGAUGGCGACCAGGGUGGCCGUAAGGGCGGCGGUGGGGGGCGCGCUUCGGGUGGAGAGGGAGCCUCGGGCGCCGCGGCCGAUGGCGGAAGCGGCUCGUCGGCGCUGGUCGUUCGCCGGGGAGAUGGCAGCAACUGAGGACACGGGCUCUGCCUUUCGGCGGGGCCAACUCCACAGUCGUGUGGGAGCGUAGAUCAGACAGCGAGGCCGGGUUCCCGAGCGCUUGGGGCCGCCGCGUUGGCGGCGGCGGGCGUGGGCGUCGAUCGAGGGGCGUGUGUGCCCGGGGCUGUCUCUUCGUUGCUACCAGGUGAUGUCUCGUUUAGGUCGAUUGCGGGUUCGCGUGAACUUUGCGUGUGGCGAUCUCGUGUGUCUGCUUUGGCAGCGGUGAGUUCACCCUCCAAUAUGGGUGUGGGUCUUAGUGAGGUGGCUUCUGCUGGUUCCGCCUUGCUUAGACAGUGUGGGGGGCGUAUUGAAGUGCUCGUGGCGGCCGGUGGUGCCGGCUUCUUUGCGCCCCAUGUUAGUGUUGCGUCGGUUCGUGAAUUUUUUGGGGUCUCGAAACGUUUUCCGCAAAUUGACAACCUCCUCCGCGUGUUGUGUCCUGGCGCGCCGGUCGAUGUCGCGCCGGGGGGGUGUCUAGACGCCGAAUUAAAAUACGGCAACCAUGUCAGCAUUUUACCAUACACUCCGCAGAUCAUUGACAAGAUCGUUUCGGAUGUUACGUUAGGUCGUGCUCUCGUCUUCGACGUGCAGUUCAUCCGUGAAAUUUUGGGUGUGCGUGUUUCCCCCCUUGGGGUGGUGGACGAUCCGAAAUUCCGCAUCAUUCAUGAUCUCACAUUCACAGCGGCUGGUGCGCAGUCUAGCGUCAAUGCAGAUACAGAUUUUGAUCGUGCCCCCGGUGUCUGUUGGGACAUGUACGUUUCGAUAUCUUGUCGCGCGUCCUCUUUUUGCGCCAAUUACACGGGCCGCCUCUCGAGAUUUUGCUCUGCGGUAUUGACGUGCGUGAGGCUUUUCGCCAAGUGUUGGUCGACCCUUCGAGGGCGUCGGUAUUCGGAUACACGAUGGGGGACGUGGUCGUCAUCGACCUUCGUUGCCAGUUUGGUUGGCGUUCCAGCCCAGGUUUUUGGUCGCUGUUUGGUUCCGCUCUUGAGCAUGCACACACCCACACUACUUUUCAGACAGCUUCUGUGUUACCUGCCGGAGUUGCGGCGGUUGAUCAUGUUCAGCUUGUUCCUCCCCAAAACCUCCCCGUAUCGUUACCGAGUGAUUGUGCCCAAAUUUCUAUGGAGGGCGGUUUCGCUGGUUCCGCGUUUUUCGUUCGGUAUUAUGUGGAUGACGGUGUGCUUGUCGAGGCGCGGUUUUUCACGGAUGGUCGUCGUUGCCUACGUGCCGUGCAGUCGAUCGCGUCGGACAAUUUCCGUCUGCUGGGACACCGGGGGCCAAACGAUCCUCCGUUGUUGUCUGCAAAGAAAAUCACCGAUUUUUCGACGCGUUUGGAGGUGUUGGGAUGGAUUUUAGACACGCAAACUCUCACAGUGACCAUGCCUCUGCGAAAACAACAGAAAUUAAACCGCUUGUUGGGCGAGUGGCCGCGGUCGCGUCGGUGUGCGACUGCCCGUCACGUCGCGGAAUUGACCGGUUUUCUUCUUCACGUGUCUUUUGCCUUGCGUCCGGGCAAAUUUUUCGUCGGCUGUCUGCUGGCCGACGUCGGCAUGCCGCAGUCCGAAGUGUUUCCUUCGCGUGUUUCUAACCCCAAUCGGCGUGUCGUGUUGGGGCCCAUGUUUCACGAUGAUUUGGAUUUCUGGCGCUGGUUUGUGCAGCGAGGUCUGGCCUCGCGUGGCGGCCAGUUGUGUGCACCGAUGUACAAUGUGGUGCUUCGUCCUCCGGUAAUGGCUGUGUUUGCCGAUGCUUCCAAAACGGCGUUUGGAGCAUACUGUGUGCAAACUGGGUGUUAUUUCCGGCGUGAUCUGACGUGUGACGAGCAGUCCCGCUUUGUGGGGUCUAGCAAGUCUGUAUCAUAGUGUGCCGAUGUCAGUAUCAAUGUUCUUGAGCUACUCGGCAUGGUCGCGGCGGCAUGGGUGUUGAUUGUGCAACAGCGUCAUGUGCCGGU